GACACGUCAAACAGAUAUAUAUCGCAAUAGCAUUAUCCUGAGAAUGAAGGAUCCUGGGUAUUGCACUCGGGUGGCUGGAAAUGUCGCACAGAAGCGGAUAUUGGGGCAGGGAAACGACCGCACCCGGUCCUACGCCGAGAAGCAGCGGAUUGUGCGGGAGCUGGCAUUUGAGAUCUGUCGCAAAACGUGUCUCAAACACCACCGUCUGACCAUCAUUAAAAUAUGGUCAGACAUGAAGCGCAGACACUCCCGGUUUAUAAAAAGAAUCCAGGACGAAAAAUGUCCAGAAGUUCCUAUUCCCUCUAUUCGGAGAAGGCAAUCGACGGAGGCCGUGGAGGUGGUGGAGGUUGAGGAGGAGGAGGAGGCUAGACCCUCCCAGCCUAUUGAGCCACCCCCACCAGAUGUGGGAGAAGUGAAGGAAGUGGAGGUGGAAAGUGCUGGACCCUCCAGCACCUCCCCAUCUCAGGACUCGGAGGAAGAGGAUGCGAUCACCAGCCCCAUCCAGGAGGUACUGAAGACCAUGAAGGCCAAAUUGGCCAAAAUGCAGAAGGAGCACCGCCAGGAUAUGCGGGCCAUUCAGGAGCGGAUGAAGGUCAUGGAGGAGAGGCACCUCCAGGCCAUGAAGGGGACAUCUGAUCUUAUCGGAGCACAGGAGCAAGCCAGCCACGAGAAAAGCCUCUCCAGAGUCCAGACACCCUCCUCACACAGAGUUUGCCUGCCAGGAGUUUCCAAAGGUAGAGGAACCGACCCUAGUAAAUAG